UGAGCUGGAGAGGAUGACGUCCAUCGCCUCGCAACGUUCGACCAGAACUAGAGUUAGAUCACCACGUGUUUUCACCCUCACGGACAGAGCUUGGUCCGGUUCCAGUCUACUGUACAAAUGGCAGAAAAGUCUUGGAAAUUAUAUCGCUGUCGCUGGAAAUGACAACUCAUUGAAAAUAUUUGAUCGACAUGGACAGAAAAGGAAUGAACUUAACCUUCCCGGCCGCUGUGUGGCAAUGGACUGGGAUAAGGAUGGGGACAUUCUGGCAGUGAUAGCUGAAAAGUCCAGCUCCAUCUACCUCUGGGAUGCCAGUGUCAAUAAGACAUCCCAGAUAGACAGUGGCAUGAGAGAUCAGAUGUCCUUCAUCCUGUGGUCAAAAACCAGUCCACUGUUAGCAGUUGGAACGUCUAAAGGAAACCUGUUAAUCUACAAUCAACAGACCUCACGCAAGAUCCCUGUGCUGGGUAAGCACACCAAGAGAAUCACAUGUGGAUGUUGGAGCACUGAGAAUUUGCUGGCCCUCGGCAGUGAAGACCGCUCACUGAGCAUUAGCAACCAUGAGGGGGACACCAUCCGACAGACAUCACUGCGAGGUGAGCCCGCUGACGUCCACUUCUCUGUGAUGAAGACGGAUGAGAGGUCGUCUCCAGGUGAAAGUACUGUGAGCGUGUCUGUGGGAAAGAAGACCCUGUUCCUUUUUAACCUCAGUGAUCCUGAAAAUCCCAUUGAACUGGCCUUCCAGUCUCGCUACGGAAGCAUCGUCUCCUACCGCUGGUAUGGCGAUGGUUAUAUAUUGAUUGGCUUCUCACAUGGCUACUUUGUGGUCAUCUCGACCCAUAUCAGGGAGAUAGGCCAGGAGCUGUAUCAGGCUCACAACCAUAAAGAUUGCCUCAACAGUGUGGCCAUCUCCUCGUCCUUAAACAAGGCUGCCUCCUGUGGGGAUCACAGCAUUAAGAUCCAUGACCUUUCCGAGCUCAAAGAUAUCAGCAACAUAGUUCAUCUGGAUGAUGAGACCAAAGGUCUGGAUCAGUUGAACUGGACAGAUGAUGGUCAACUAUUGGCGGUGUCCACCCAGAGAGGGACCCUCCAUGUCUUCCUAACCAGAUUGCCCAUCCUGGGGGACAGCUUUGGUACUAGACUGGCCUACCUAACUUCCUUACUAGAGGUCACUGUUUCCAACCAGGUGGAGGGGGAGAAUGCUGUGGCCAUACAGGUGGAGGUGGAGCCUGCUUUCAUCGCUGUGGGAACGUACCAUGUAGCUGUGGGAAUGAACAACAGAGCUUGGUUCUAUGCCAUGGUAGACCAUGAGCCAGGUUUUAGCAGACUGAAGGAUGUCGAGUACUUGGGAACUAUAGUCAGCAUGUGCCUCAACUCAGACUAUGUGGCAGCUCUGUUCGAAGGAAAAGUGCAGCUACACAUGAUUGAAGUUGAAGGUCAGGAGGAGAAGAGGCAGAUGAAGCUGUUUCCAGACGAGGACAGAAAAGAGCGGAUUCUCUGCCAUGCCCUCACUGCUGACUUCCUCUACUACGGCGCUGACUUGGGUAGUGUGGUGUGUGUCUCACUGGAGGAUUGGCAGACAGUGAACACCUACAGCCACUUGGUUGGGGUGAGGAAGAUCUCACCCGACCCCAACGGCACACGGCUCGUCUUCAUCGAUGACAAGAAUGGAGGCUUCCUGCUCUCCCCAGGAAAUGCGACAGACUCUUGCUAUGAACUCCCCAAUUUCCCUCCAACCAUCAAAGGAGUGCUUUGGGAGAACUGGCCUGCUGACAGAGGAGUGUUUGUAGCUUAUGAUGAUGACAAGGUCUACACCUAUGUGCUGCACAAGAACACCAUAUAUGGUCCCAAGGUGGUGUUGGUGGGUAGCACUUCACUGCCUUUCUCCCACAAGCCCUUGCUGUUGUACAACGGGAAUCUCACAUGUCAGACUCCGAGUGGCAAAAUCAGUGAAGUGGCACUGAGCACACACGCGUUUCUUAAACCCUCUUCUAGUGCACAGUCCAACACAUGCCAAGAAUUCAGCAAAACUCUCUCCCAGGCCCUAACGCUCAAGAGGUUCCAUGAGGCUUGGGACCUGUGUAAGUCUUCAGGCAGUUCAGCAGACUGGGCUGAGAUGGGCCGAGUCUGUCUGGUCCACAUGGAUUUAGAGUUGGCCAUCCAAGUGUACCGCAUGAGUGGCAAUGUAGGCAUGGUCAUGUCACUCCAGGAAAUCCAGGGUAUAGAGGACAGGAAUUUACUAGCAGGCCACUUGGCCAUGUUCCUGAAUGACUACAACCUGGCCCAGGACCUUUAUUUGUCCUCAAGCUGCCCCAUUGCUGCCCUGGAGAUGAGGAGAGACCUCUUGCAUUGGGACAGUGCUCUGAUGUUAGCCAAAAGACUAGCAGAAAACCAGAUCCCCUUUAUCUCCAAAGAAUAUGCUGUCCACUUGGAAUUUAUUGGAGACUAUGUGAAUGCACUGUCACACUAUGAGAAAGGGAUGACACAUGACAACAGAUUCCAGGAGCAUGACGAGGCAUGCCAAGCCGGCGUUGCCAGGAUGUCCAUCAGGAUGGGGGACAUCAGGAGAGGAGCCAGCCAAGCCAUCCAGCACCCCAGUAGAAUCCUCAAGAAAGAAUGUGGCACCAUACUGGAGAACAUGAAGCAAUUCUCAGAGGCAGCUCAGCUGUAUGAGAAAGGCCAGUAUUACGACAAGGCUGCAUCUGUUUACAUCCGCAGCAAGAACUGGGCAAAGGUUGGAGAGCUGCUCCCGCAUGUCUCCUCUCCUAAGAUUCAUCUUCAGUAUGCCAAAGCCAAAGAGAUGGAUGGGAAGUACAAGGAGGCAGCGCAGGCUUAUGAGAGUGCAAGGGACUGGGACAAUGUGAUCAGGGUUCUGCUGGACCACCUAAACAACCCAGAGGAUGCUGUUCGCAUCGUCAGAGAAACUCAGAGCAUCGAUGGAGCUAAGAUGGUGGCCAGGUUCUUUCUGCGGCUGAACGACUACGGUUCAGCCAUCCAAUUCCUGGUGCUCUCACAGUGCAACAAUGAAGCCUUCCAGCUGGCACAGCAGCACGGACAGAUGGAGGUUUACGCAGAAAUCAUCGGCACUGAGGCGACACAGGAGGACUACCAGAGCAUUGCUUUGUACUUUGAGGGGGAGAAGCAACACCUAAAGGCUGGCAAAUUUUUCCUGAAAUGCGGCCAGUAUAGCAGAGCCCUCAAGCACUUCCUUAAGUGUCCCAAUACAGACGACAACCUGGCUGUAGAGAUGGCUAUUGAGACGGUGGGUCAAGCCAAGGACAUUACUCUAACCAACCAGCUGAUUGAAUAUCUGAUGGGGGAGAGUGAUGGUAUGCCUAAGGAUGCCAAGUAUCUCUUCCGGAUGUAUAUGGCCCUGGAGCGCUACCCAGAAGCUGCUCGUGCAGCCAUCAUUAUCGCUAGGGAGGAACAGUGUGCAGGGAACUACCGUAACGCCCAUGAUGUGCUGUUCAGCAUGUACACAGAGCUGCAGAAUCAGAAGAUCAAGAUCCCUGCUGAGAUGGCCACUAACCUGAUGAUCCUCCACUCUUACCUACUGGUCAAGAUCCAUGUAAAGAGAGGUGACCAUCUAAAGGGGGCACGCAUGCUCAUCCGUGUCAGCAACAACAUCAGCAAGUUUCCCAUGCAUAUUGUACCCAUCCUGACGUCAACGGUGAUCGAAUGUUACCGCGCUGGGCUGAAGAACUCUGCCUUUAGCUUCGCUGCCAUGUUGAUGAGACCAGAGUACCGCAACAAGAUUGACCCCAAGUACAGGAAGAAGUUGGAGGCUAUGGUUCGGCGGCCGGAUACAUCAGAGCUGAAAGAGCAGACUGCUCCAUGUCCCUUCUGUGGGUUCCAGCUGCCACCAGAGGAACUACUGUGUAUCUCCUGCAAGAACAACUUACCUUACUGCAUUGCUACGGGUCGUCACAUGCUGCGAGAGGACUUGUCUGUGUGCCCCCAUUGCGAGUUCCCUGCUCUGUACUCCCAGUUUAUUCUGCUGCUGGAGACAGAGAGUGUGUGUCCGAUGUGCUCUGAGACGUUGAGUGCCAAUCAGGUAAAGAAGAUCUCAGAUUGUUCCGGCUACUUGCAGCCUCAGGAACAGGAUCACUAAUAUAAAAGAACAAGCACACCAAUAUUAAUACAUGUAAAGCAAUACUUUUGGGCGACAAGCUAUGUAAAAAUUUAAAUGUAUAACCAUGGAAGUAAUGUAUAUAAUUUUGUAUGUUGAGAAAAUACUUAGUUGGACAACGGAGGUGAUCUUAGAGAUUCAUUGUAAAAUAUAUUGAACAGACGUGAAUUAUAUUUUUUUAAAAUGUCUGUAAAAGAUGAAAAAAUUAAACAUGAUACCAUCCCUCCACUUUGU